UCCUUUGUUGGCAGCUGUCACGUGGGUGUACUUUCCUAAAAUGAAGUAACAUUCAGUCCACUACCCCUCCUCGGCAGUACGACCACAAUCCAUUCUCAACAUAACCUGCAGAGCGUAGCUUCGAUGUUUGGUACUCAUUGCUGCAAAAGGAAUGUUUCUAACCUGUUCUCCGUAAAGUGCUAAUUACAAUCACCUCAAGCUUGAUAAUUUUACCUCAUUCAAGUCAGAAUUUGGAAGCACUACAGGAAGAAGAAGAAGGAAUACACCCACUCCUAACCCAGAGCAAGAGAAUGUUCAACCUUCUAAUGUUAACAUUUUUCCAGGCAACCUCACAUCUACACCAAAUUCAGCAUAUCAUACUCCUACCAGGACCCCUGCUUAUUCCCAAACAUUUCAACCUACGCUGCCAAAUACCCAGUGCAUUCCUGUGGGUAAUAUUUUCAGUCAGCUCAACCGGGAUGUAACACCUCUGUCUAAUAUUUCAAACCUAGGGGAAAACACUAUUACAGGCAUGCAUCGUACUGCUGUUUUCUCUUCAAAUGGCCACUCACCAAAUAUGAAUUCCCCAAAUAUGCAUUCAAAGGAAAGAUCAUCAUGCCUAACUUCUCUACGUGCAACAGGGUCUGCAGGGUCUGCAGGUUCUACUCCUACAGAGACUGAUAAAAUUGGUGCCAAGGACCGUAGUACUUUGUUAUAUUCAAAUACAACUCCUCUUGCACGCAACUUAAAUUCACCAGUUGUACCCUCAAAGGAAAGAUCAUCAUGCAUAACUUCUCUACCGGGAUCCAUUCCUAAAAGGAAUCCCCUGUCAGAUAUAUCCAAUACUCCUGAACAGAGGCGCGGUGUUAGGAAAGGAGCUCAGAUUAUGAAGCCUACAGAAGAGAGUCAACCCAGGAAACAACUUAAAGCCAACAAGUCAAGGAGUAGGAUUAAACCUACCGAUUCAGCCGAGACAAAUAGACAGUUGUUUGGUCUACUUGAGCUUAAUGAUGAUGACACUAUAGAGCAUUCCUCAAUUGCCUCUGUCAUGGAAGAUGCUGAUAAUCUGUUUGCUGACAAUGGUUGUGAGACUGAUUAUGCUGAAAGUGAGAAUGUUGAUUCUGGUGUCCAGGAUGCUGUACCAACAAUUAGCAAAUGUAACAAAGGGUAUGUGUCUUUGGGGCCACCUUCUGAAUGUUGUUCAAAAUGCAAGGCUCUUAUGUGGAAAGAGGAGCGUGUGAACAAAGAUGUCAAGAAUGGUACUCCUGAGUUUACUAUCUGCUGUUCUAAAGGACAAAUAAAGCUCCCAAGAACACCUCCUACCCCUGCAUACCUGUUAAAGCUGUACAAUGAUCCAGUGAAGGGUAGGAGAUUUCGAAAUCAGAUUCGUUUAUAUAAUACCAUGUUUGCAUUCACUUCUAUGGGUGGUAAGGUGGAUCACUCCAUAAACAAUGGCUCAUCUCCUUAUGUCUACCGUCUUAAUGGACAAAAUCACCACCUCUUUGGUUCUCUCAUACCUAACGAGGGUGAAGACCCCAAGUUCUGCCAACUAUACAUAUACGACACGGAAAAUGAGGUGGAGAAUAGGCUGAAAUGGGUUAGUGUUUCAGAUGGUCAACCUGUUGAUGUAGAAGUAGUGAAGGGUCUGUUGACAAUGUUGGAUGAAACAAAUGAAUUGACAAAAUACUUUCGCAUGGCCCGGGACCGUUUCAAGGAACAACCAGUUCAGGAUUUGAAGAUUGUUAUGAAAGUUUGUCGCAGUGUAACUGGCCGGGAGAAUUUCAUAGGACCAUCAAAUGAGGUCGGAGCAAUUAUGGUUGGCGAUUUGGAGGACACAUGUGGUGAGAGAGACAUUAUUGUGGAGAAGACUAACAAAAAGUUGGAAAGGAUAUCGGAUAUACAUCCUAAAUUAAUGGCGCUACAAUACCCUCUCCUGUUUCCGCUCGGUGAAGACGGAUACCAUGAUGAUAUUCCAUACGUGAGAAAUGGAAAGCAGGUAGAGAAGAAGCGUAAGAGGAUCACGAUGAAAGAGUUUUACUCCUACAAGUUGCAGUGUCGAUUGAAUGAAGGUAAUACUCCUCGAUUAGGUGGUCGCCUUUACCAACAAUACAUUGUGGACGCAUUUUCAGCGAUUGAACAGGCUCGCUUGUGGUGGUUUCGUACACACCAAACAACUCUACGUAAUGAUUUAUAUAGCAAUAUUCAGAAGAGCAUCCGGGAUGGUCAGCAAGACUCUUCUUCUGUUGGUAAAGGCUUCAUCUUGCCUGCAAGUUUUCUCGGUUCAAAAAGAUACAUGCAGCAACAUUUUCAGGAUGCACUCGCGGUUUGUCGCUACAUUGGUCACCCGGAUAUUUUCUUGACUAUGACAACAAACACUGCAUGGGAUGAAAUCACAGAGAUGAUGAAACUAUAUCCUGGUUGCUUGGCUGUUGAUUCUCCUGAUGUCAUCGCACGUGUUUUCAAACUGAAGCUGGAUCAAAUUGUUGAAGACAUAAAAAACAAGCACUACUUCGGUGUUUGUAAUGGAAUUAUGUAUGUCGUAGAGUUCCAAAAACGUGGACUACCUCAUGUCCACAUGCUAAUAUGGCUUGACGCUGCUUCAAAGAGAAAGCUCAACUCUGAUGUUGAUAGUUUUGUUAGUGCUGAAAUUCCUGAUCCCAAAACAGACCCCGAUGGCUAUGCUGCUGUUGCCUCAUUUAUGAUCCACGGUCCUUGUGGUUUCCAAAGGAAAAACUCCCCCUGCAUGAAGGAUUCAAAGUGCAGCAAAUUCUUUCCGAAAAAGUAUUGUCCAGAGACAUAUUUUGAUCAGUCUGGGUUCCCUGUCUACCGAAGGCGUGACACGAAGAUAACUGUUUUAAAAAACAAUGUGGAACUUGAUAAUCAGUUUGUUGUACCAUACAACCGUGAGCUUCUGCUGAAAUAUCAAUGUCAUAUGAACAUUGAGAUAUGCUGCCACGCACGUACUCUUAAGUACUUAUUCAAAUACUGUCUCAAAGGGCACGAUCGUGCUACAGUUGAAGUGUCUUCCAAAAAACAGCCAGACAUUGAUGACAACAAAGCAAUAGAUGAGAUUCAAUCUUAUUUUGACGGAAGAUACAUAUGCGGAUGUGAGGCCGCCUAUCGGAUAUUUGGAUUCGAUAUACAUUAUCGUUCCAUCUCUGUUCACCGGCUAUCUUUUCACUUACCAGGGAACAAAAAUGUGACAUUCAAAGAAGACGAGAAUUUGCAAAAAGUUGUCCAACGUGAAAAAUGGAAGCUGAGUCAACUGGAGGCCUUCUUCAAACUGAAUAGAGAUGAUCCAACUGCUAGGAAAUACACUUAUGAUGAAAUUCCACAGCAUUAUGUGUGGAAUGAAACUGAUCGAGUGUGGACAACAAGAAAAAGAGGCAGACAAAUCGGACGAUUGUUGUAUACACACCACAGUUCGGGAGAGAUUUGGUACCUGCGGUUGUUAUUGACAAAGGUCAGAGGCCCUACUUCCUUUGAUGCUCUCAGAACUGUCGACGGUGUCAUUUACAAGACUUAUAAAGAGGCCUGUAGAAAGUUGGGAUUGCUCGACGAUGAUAAUGAAUGGCACGAGGUCAUGGAGGAGUGUGCCAAGUGUGGUUUUCCCCCUCAGAUAAGAGAGCUUUUUGUUCAUAUCAUGAUCAACUGUCAAGUAACUGAUCUGUUACUUCUGUGGACAAAGCACUGGAAACACAUGGUUGAUGAUAUUAUUCUACGUAAGAGGCAACAAUCUGGGAAUGCAAACACUAAUUUCAGUGACAAGCAGCUUCAGUUUUUUGCAUUAGCAGAGAUUGAUAAAAUGCUGAGAACUAUUGGCAAGUGCUUGAAGCAGUUCAACCAGAUGCCACAACCACCAUUGAGCUAUAUCCAAACUGAUGCCAACAAUCUCAUAGUUGAUGAAACCAGUUACAACAUAGAGGAGAUGGAGAAAGAGUUUCAAAAACUGUAUCCUAAUUGCAACCCUGAGCAACUUGCUGUGUAUAAUGCAGUCUUUGAAUCUUGCAUGGAAAACAAAGGAGGUCUUUUUUUUGUGUAUGGCAGCGGUGGCUGUGGUAAGACAUAUGUCUGGAAGACGUUAAUUUACAAGUUAAGGUCCUUAGGCAAGAUUGUUCUACCGGUAGCUUCAAGUGGUAUUGCAGCGACCUUAAUGCCUGGAGGAAGGACAGCCCACUCACGCUUCAAGAUCCCAAUUGUGUUGGAUGAAUACUCUUCAUGUGGCAUCAGUAUCAACUCAGACAUUGCAAAUUUAAUCAAAUGCACAAGUCUGAUUAUAUGGGACGAGGCUCCCAUGCAACAUAGGUACGCAUUUGAAUGUCUAGAUCGCUCCUUAAGAGACAUUAUGAAAACUGUUAGUGCCGACAAUUUCAACAGGCCUUUUGGAGGUAUUACCGUGCUACUUGGAGGAGAUUUUCGGCAAAUAUUGCCUGUUAUUAACAUGGGAGAUCGUGCUGACAUAGUUGCUGCCUGCAUUACGCGGUCACGGUUAUGGAAAGAGGCCAUAAUUUUCAUCUUAAAACAGAAUAUGAGACUGAACCAAGGACAAAAUGAAGAAGAAAAAGAGAAUCUUCGGAAGUUUGCUGAAUGGGUAUUGAACAUCGGUGAUGGUAAGCUAGCUCCUCCCACUGAUAGCGUAACUGCUGUUGAUGAAGAUUCAAUUAUGAUUCCUGCUGAUUUCUGUGAUCCUGAGAUUGAAAAUUCAGUUAAGAACAUGAUUGAAUGGACAUAUCCGAGUUUUUCUACAAACUUUCAGAAUCCAAGCUAUCUCAGUGAGAGAGCGAUACCGACUCCAACAAACGUCACAGUGGCACAUUUAAAUUCUAAUAUUGUGGAGACAAUUCCAGGAGAUCAAGCUUCAUAUUAUAGUGUUGACAGAGCAGAGGAAUUUGGCGGGAGUGAAUCUGAUCUUAGUUUUGCAUUUCCGCCCGAAUAUAUCAACUCCUACAAUAUACCAGGACUCCCUCAUCAUGAAUUGAAACUAAAGGUGGGUGUGGCUGUGAUGUUAAUGAGGAAUCUAAAUCAGACACUUGGACUUUGCAAUGGCACUAGAAUGAUGAUUACUAAGUGCUUGAAGCAUUGUGUUCAAUGUGAGGUCAUAUGUGGAGCAUUUGUAGGUACCAAGCACUUCAUUCCGAGGAUGGAGCUUUUUCCAACCGAAACCAAGCUACCAUUCAAGUUGGUUCGUAAACAGAUGCCACUUCAAAUUUGUUAUUCCAUGACCAUCAACAAAGCUCAAGGACAGUCAUUAGAACGAGUGGGUCUGUAUCUUCCAAAAUCUGUCUUUACACAUGGACAGAUGUACGUGGCUGUGAGUAGAGUUACUUCCCCCCAAGGUUUGAAGAUGUUCAUCGAUUCUGAUCAAGCAACUCCUACCGAUGUAACUAGAAAUGUUGUCUACAAGGAAAUUUUUUACAACCUACCAAAACAUCAAUGAAGACAGUGUGAGUCAUGGUCAAUAGUUAUUGAGCUGUGUCAUUUUAAUCUUGCCAUUUUGUUUAUUUCAGACCUGAGUAUUUAAUAGAGAUACAUUGUGUGUUGCAGGAUUAGAACCUCCAUUUGAUGGAAUCAAUGUUCAGUAGAGGAAAAAAUGCCAGCAGCUGUUAAGGCCUUUUUGUUUGAUACCUGUUUCUAUCUUCGAAUCAUUUUGGCAGAAAUUAUUUUUUGCUGAACAGAACACUCCUAUUAAUUGUUCUGCUGAACUUCUUUUGACACAAUGUUUAAGUGUAAUGUCUUCAAAUU